UGCGAACACCACAAAUCGUUCAGGAACCUGACUAUGUAAUCAAUCAGGUUUGGUUGAGUUGCAUUGUGAGGCAAGCAAAAGCAAGUAGCAUCAGUUGGUGGAAAGAUAACAAAGAAUGGAACAGAUGGAAUAGCAGCGUAUCAUUUGGAAACCACACGUUGUUCAUUCAGGACAUGGAAGUCACAGAUUGCGGUGUGUAUACCUGCAUUGUGAAAAACGAGGUCAGCACUAGCAGCAACUCACAUGUGUUAACAGGAGACGAGACUCUCUUCAUUCUAGUUGCUGUUUUAUUCAUCUCUGUUGUGGCUCUGGCUAGCAGUUUGACCUCCUGUAUUGGAGAAGCAAUCAUAAUCAUUGCCAUGAAGAAACUCUCAGGUCCAAACCAGCAGAGGGAACUUACAGCCAUUUUUGUGGCAUUUCAAGUUGUGUCCAUCAACUGCCUGUUGAUUGCAAGUGUUCUAGCUGUAUUUGAGUCAGGCUUCUCCACAUGGUGCAGAGGUAUUGCAGGGUUUGGAUGUUUAAUAUGCAUAACAGUGAUCAUCUAUGUGUCCGUCCUCUUUCUUGAUCUGAAUACAAAUCGCGCUCCAUCGUUCUUAACCACGAACAUUCAUCGUUUGAUCCUAUUUCUGUGUGGAAUUCUCUCUGUGGCAAUUUCAACUGUAUUACUUCAUCAAUCAAAAAAAAUUGCUUCACUUUGCCAAUAUCCUUACAAAAUGUUCAUUACGAGGAGUUUACUUGCUGUGCUGGUCUACUUAUUAUUUGCAUCGAUAUCUGUCAUCUACUACAUCACGUACUGUAAGUAAGAAGUUACAGAAAAAGUUAGGAAUUGGAAGUUGAGAGUUUAUUAUUCUGGCUACAUGGCUGUUGGAGUU